AAUCGAAUUAUGCUUUCUCUUUCUCUGCAAUAAAAUAUUUUUUUGAAUAGUUCGACCUUUUGUGGGGAAGCUAUCAGAAGGAGUGGAUCGAUAUAGCCCAUCUCCGAGCUCGAUCUAAGUUUGACAAUAAUAUUACGAUGUACCAAGUUUGGACCACAUCGGAUACUCCCUUCGAGAGUUAUCGUUCGCACCAGCCAGUCAGAUAGACAGACGGACGGACGGAUAUCGCUAGAUUGACUCCAAAUGUCCCGAAACGGAUUUGGUCUAAAGAGACCUAGUGUCCAAAACCGUUAUUUUAAUGAGGCACGUUUUGGUCGUAUCAAAGGAUAUAAAAAGUACCUGUUUCCUUACGUUUCCACAAAAUUUUAUUUAUCAAAACUUGAAAUGAAGUGAUUUCGCAAUUUUUCUAUUUAUAUUUUCAUUUUUUUAUUAUCAAUUUGUACCAAAAGUGUUUAUUUUAAUCUUUUUAUGAGAAUUUUCCCAACACCAAUUUCCCUUGUUAACAUUGUGUUAUGGCAACCCUAACACUUCAACUCCAAACCUGCCAUAAUUACGUUCUAUUGACAUUUGUCGAAAAUUUCUCCUCCUCUCUGAUUGUGAUACACGAUCAGCUGACCGAGAUUGACAAAUCAAAUCUCCACAAAUUGUGUCUUUGUCGUUAAGUGAAUCUCGCGCGGACGGACGAACAAUUAGUAAUUAACGGAUGUGCGUGCUCGGUCGGCUAAAAGGUGUUAAUCAAAGUUUAAACAAAUAAAAGAAAAGCGAAAAAUAAAAUAAAAAACUAAAAGUAAACAAAAUGUGAAGUGAAAUAAAAUUGCUUACUUUCGAAUAAAAGUUCGUGUGUGCAAAGAAAAAUGUGAAAAAAUAAAACAAAUAAAACCCGGGACAAAUGGCGUCGGUUGGUAAAUUCAUUGUGGUUUUAAUUUAUUAAAAAUGCUAAAAGAAAUUAAACGUUUAUGGGUGCAAAAGUGGGAUUCUCUAAAAAAAUGGGCAAAAACAGGAGGUGGUGGUGUUGAAAAAGAUAAAUAGUAUUAUAUAGGUACUUAUAACCUCCCCCUCCAGUCAUGUCCCGCCAAAAACAAAGCAAACAAAUCAUGCAAGUGAAUAUUGCAUGUCGAUGUCGGUUCCGUUGUUGUCGUUUCGUAUGCGGUCGGGUUAUUUGUUGUUUUUUUUGCUGUUGGUUGAAAUGUUGACGUUAUUGUCAAAUGUAUAUGGUGAUCAAACGUCAGCCAGCGCAGCUACAAAGCUGUUGUUAUUUGGUGUCAUUGAUUGUUUUUUGUUGUUGUUGUUGCUACUGCCGUGAGUGAGCUCAACACGACGUCUGUCAUGCCAUUUUCAUUUCGGGGGAAUGCCUUUGACUAAGUGACAACAUUACAGCACCAUUGUCGCCACAAUCAAUGUCCCCACCACCACCACCCAUCAUUUUACAUUGCUUUGAGUCGUCGUCGUCGUCUCCCACAACCUCUCAGACCAUUGUGCUCUUCUCUCUCCCCACGGCCUCCCCAACCCACCAACAACAAAAGUACUGUGUGCAUGUUUUCAUCAUUCAAAUGUGUUUGGGUGUCGCCAGUCUGUCGUGUUUUGUCAAGUGCAUUGCAUAGCCGUUGAGAGAGGGUGCAUGCAAACAGGCAUGUGUGUGUGUUCGUAUGUAUGUGGAUUACAUUUUUGUAACCAUGUAAAAAAUUCUACCUUUGAUGCUCAAGAGAAGAAGAAACACAUCCCAUUAUAUCACAUAGAAGGAGGAGGAGGUGCUGCUACACGAGCUACUGCACCUGGCAGUCGAAGAACACGUGGUGUGAGUUUGGGGAAAAGGAAUUGUGUAUUCAAAUUCCAGCCUCGGUAACGCCGUUAUUAUUCUUUCAUUGUCUCUGGCUGCAGGUCCUGCUUUAAUGUCACCAUAAAUCUUGAUGUCACAUUAACACGCCGUAUGCACUUCGGGAUCCGCAGUGAAAGAGGGAACAAAUAACAACCACCAGCAUCUAGAAUAGCAUACCUUGAUGCCACCUUCGUUGGAAUUCGAGUUACCUACCUAACAUCGACAAUUCGCAAUGAUGGCUCCCGCCCAAACAUUACCCGACAACAUCGAUUUGAAAAAAUACGGUACGAAUCUGACCACCGACGAAUUGAUACAAUUUAUCAAGUAUUUGAAUGCCUACAAUCACAAGGAUUCGAGUGGCUUGGACUCGAAUUCAUCGGAUGAAUGUGAGGACUAUUGCCGGGGAGAUUUCUAUCAAGGCCUGAGAGUCUACAAUGGCCUGCAUGGCUAUGUGGCACUUGUGAUUUGCCUGUUCGGAACAAUUGCCAAUCUGCUGAACAUCAUGGUAUUGACCAAAAAGGAUAUGGCCAAAGCACCAAUAAAUAAAAUACUCAAGUGGCUGGCAGUGGCGGAUAUGUUUGUGAUGAUUGAGUACAUCCCAUUUGCAUCGUCCCAAUAUAUUUACAUGAAGCCUGGCGAAAAGGAUUUCAGCUAUGCCUGGGCCAUCUACAUACUCUUUCACAUGCAUUUCACCCAGGUCCUGCACACCAUUUCCAUUGGUUUAACUGUGACACUGGCCGUAUGGCGUUAUGUGGCCAUAAGACAUCCCCAUGGAGCCUGCGCCAGCUUUCUGCUGUCCCACUGCAACGAAUGCAUUCUCUUCUCCUUUGUCAUCUCGCCCAUUGUCUGUUUUCCCACGCUGUUGGUGUUCAAAGUGAGCGAACGUGUUAAGGACAAUCGGGUGCUGUACUAUGUGCAGGCUGAUAAGAAUUCCAACCUCUACAGAAUUAACUUUUGGAUACAUUCGGUCAUAAUUAAGCUGCUGCCCUGCUGCAUAUUGACGAUUAUCAGUUUUGUGCUGGUCAAGGUGUUGUGUGAGGCUUCCAAGCGGAAACAGAAACUCAAAGAGUACAGUAAUCCCAACAAGUCGGGGCAGCUGCAACAUUUGCAAAAGCAUGCCUCCAGAAUACCCAAAUGUGAUCGACGCACCGACCGCACCACAAUGCUGCUGGUGGCUGUGCUAAUCCUCUUCUUGCUCACCGAAUUCCCCCAGGGCAUUUUGGGCUUAAUGUCCGGAAUUAUGGAGAAAUGUUUUUUCGAAGUGUGCUACCAAGUGUUUGGCGAAAUGAUGGAUUUGUUGGCCCUCAUUAAUGCAGCCGUUGAUUUCGUUCUGUACGGUCUGAUGUCGAAGCAGUUCCGAACCACUUUUAAAUCGUUGUUUUUUAAAAGGCGCCUGGGCAGCAUUGAACUGACGCGGGUUACACGUUUAACCACAACGUGCGUAUGAUUGGGUCCAAAGGAUAAUAAGACCAGGCGAAUUUCGAACGAUGCCACCAAUAUGACAGUGACCACCAACGUCGCCAACUCACUGCUGCG